UAGAGUCAGAGAGUCUGAACUCAGACUGUGAACACACACAGAGCUCGGGAGAGAAAUAACUCUCUCUGAAUGGGAAAUAAUCUCCUUCAAUAAACCAUAACCAACCACGGGCAAAUCUUCAAAAUCAACCAUGAAUGCUGUAAAUGCUGUGCAACUGUUCAUUCUGGUUUGGACCUUUACUGCUGUCUGUCAAGAUGAUGAAGAUGUCAGUGUAAGCUGUUAUGAAGUGACUGGAUCUGUGGGGAAAGAAGUGAAUCUCACCUGCAGCGUCUCUCUGGAGAGAAAAGACUGCUGCGUUGUGGAGUAUAAGUUUAAAUACCAUGAGAUCAAUAAUGGCUCUUCAAUCUGUCAAGAUGUUCCUGUGAACUCCUGUGAACAGAAAAACAGUUUUACAUGCCGCUACACUCCAACUACAGCGAUGACAGAACAAUUCAGAUUCUUUGUGCAAACAACGUGUGGAACGGGAAAAGCAGAAAUCUUCACUCUUAACACAGUUUCCUCAAGAAGUGAAGAGACAGCACCAGGAUUCAAGAAUACUGUCAUCACUGUGGUUGUGGUUGCUUUCAUCAUCAUCAUCAUUAUCAUGAUGGCAAUCAUUUACAAAGCAAAACCGAACUCCACCAGGCCAGAACUGGAUGUUUCUGAGAGUCAGACAUGAUCAGGACAACAAUCGUCCAAGGAAUUGAGAGAUUAUACCACUGAGUUUUGUUUGACUUUUCAUGUGAUGCUCAGGAAACACACAAGCUUUAUUUGAACUCCACUAAAUUCUACACUAUCUUAUAUUUCAGACUCCUGAAUAUAUAACUCUGGUUGUAACUUUUAAAACUCUUUUUUUUAUAUUUUAUAUUGAUUUCUGUGAAAUAUCAGCAUAUUAUUGAUCUGUUUGAUCAGAGUUUAUGACUUUAAUAAACUCAAACCUUUGUGAACUUUAAGAGGAAACACAGCAAAACUCAAACUGUGUGUUUUCUGACUUUCAAGGCAUGUCUAUUGUGAAUGUCAUUUUUAUAUACUGUAUGAUAGUAUGAAUGAUGUGGUUUUGUACAGUAUCCUAUUUUUAAAAAAUGACAUUGAAAGGAAUAAAGACUUGUGAUAAUAUCUAAAGAUGACUAUCUGUAUCUUCUGUUUAUGGGUAAGAUCUAGCAGAUAAACUAGUAAAUGGGUGAAGAGUACAAAGAGCUGAUCUGAAUGUAUGCAUUAUUUAUUUGUGUAAGACAAGUUAUUAUCUUAUUCUGCAGGAAAUCUUUAGAUAUUUGGGGUUAUAAGAAUUUUGUUAUUUUAUAAAACA